CGACAACGCAAGACUCAAGGACCAAGAGAUUAGACAAACGACGGGCCUCUAUUGUCUGUGAAUACUGCAAAAUCCAAAAGGAGAUAAGCCAGCAUAUACGCGCCUCAUUAGUGCGCACCUGAGUAGCAGCCAUGAACACAGAAGAGCUCUCACAACUACUGGACGUCAUUUUGGAUGACCUCUCUGCUCGCUUCAUCAUCAAUCUACCGGAGGAAGAGCUCAGCGAUGUGACGCGCAUUUGCUUUGCCCUCGAGCAAGCACAUUGGUUCUACGAAGACUUCUUCCGGCCUCAAUAUCCAGCGCUGCCAUCCGUCAACCUUCGGCAAUUCACAGCAGCCUUGUUUUCACAUUGCCCUAUGCUAUGGCCAUUCAAGGAACAACACGAGACAGCCUUUGAUGAUUUCAUGAAGUACAAGAUUCGCGUGCCGGUGCGUGGGGCCAUCAUGCUGAAUCACGACAUGACGCAGUGUGUGCUCGUUCGGGGCUGGAAGUCAAGCGCCGGCUGGGGCUUCCCCAAGGGCAAGAUCGAUAAGGAUGAAGACGACUCUGAUUGUGCCGUCAGGGAAAUCAGAGAAGAGUGUGGCUUCGACAUCUCUGACCUUGUCAAAUCAAAUGACUUUAUCGAAAUGGUCAUCAAAGAACAGCAAGUGAAGCUAUACAUUGUGCGUGAAGUGCCCAUGGAUACAUCUUUUGAGCCACAAACACGAAAAGAGAUUGGUAAAAUCGACUGGUUCAAACUGGACGACUUGCCAACGUACAACAAGGAGGCGCAACGAUCAACCAAUGCUACAAAGAAGAAGUAUUAUAUGGUGGCUCCAUUUCUAGGGCCGCUCAGAACUUGGAUCAAACGGUACAAAAAGGCAAAGAAGACGAAGGCUUCAGGGGCAGAAGUGGUCGUGGACCCAGUCGUUGAUGUGCCAACUCUACUAGAGGAUCAAGUGAGCUUUGACGAAUCUAGUCAGGCCCUCAAGUUGCUCCUGGGCAUAUCCGAACGACCAGAAGGCCCUGUUGAGCGCAAGGCUUUCAAUGACACGCCGAGCAAGCAUGAUCUUUUGGCCAUGCUUCAGGGACGCUCUGCUGAUGCGCCUGUGCAAGAAGCGACGACGCCUUCUCAAUUUGACAGAGCUCCUCAGAUUUCUGAUUCGAUGUUACAGCAUGGCUCCCCAGCCCGGCCUCCAGGCUUUUCUGACCCACGGCUUGUGCAAGAUACGAUGCAUCAACCUUUUGUUGGCAUGCCACAACCACCGCCAGGGCCAAAUCCCAUGUUCCAGGGCCAUUCCCCACAAACGCACUACGCGCCACCGAGUCAUGCGCCUGGCAUGUAUCCGCCUGGUCCACCUAUGUUUGUUGGCUUCCCUGGCAUGCCCCCGUAUCCUGCUCAACAUAUGCAGCCGCCCCCAUUCAUGGUUGUUCCCUCUGGUCCAUUCGCUCAGCAAAUGCACCCAAUGCCGCCACCCAAUCUGCAUCUCUUGCAACAACAACAUCUGAUGGGUAUGCAUCCUGCCCUCCACCCACAAACACCCAUGAUGCAUGGAUCACCUCACUCCGCGCAUGCUGGACCUGUCCAGCAGCUUUCGAGUCCGCAGAGGUACGCGCCUGUUCUUGCUUCGCCACAGCCUGUGCGUGCGGUACCUAUGCCAGUGGCUACCUCUUCUUCGCCAUCACGAAAGACAGCAAACCCAAAUGCUGGUUCGCUUCUCGCCAUCUUGAAGCCAAAAGCACCAGCACAAGCACAGGAUGAAUCGGCUCAGGAGGAGAUGUUGGCACAAGAGAACCCUGUCGUAGCAAGAGAAACUGGGCAUCUUGAUGAGAGCCCCGUCGAUCCCUUGAAUGCGCGACCACUACAGAUAUUUUCGUCUACCCGGGUCCCGAGCCACGCGCAGUCGAUGAGUUUGCUGAAUCUACUCAAGAGUCCUGUGCCUGUGCAGCCAGCAAUGCAACGGUCAGCUGAACAAGUGUCCGAACGAAUGCGGGAAGUGAAUUUGCAUUCACAGGGAUCUCAGCGGCAGCCUCACGCGCAGAGCACUGUUCAAGGCCAGCCAGCAGCUUCUCCAAGUGGCCAGCAAGUGUCCUUACUGAAUCUUUUUCGUUCAACGCCACCGCCUUCUAUCAAACAUCUUGUGCAGCCAGAGCGUGUAAACGAAGUUGCUUCUCAGGCGAAUCAGAUGUCGCAGCCUAUAAACGGUGUAAGACCAGAGCCAGCUGGUUCGCAAGCCUCGCUACUCCAUUUGUUCAAAGGCCCUUCAGCCACAGCGAAGCACGAUGUUGAUGCAGACCAGAGCUGGCCACAACCACAACCCAAGUCUCAAGACUAUUCAGCGCCAGUUCAGCGACCUCAGCACCCUCAAUAUUCACCCAACCAGUAUGCGCAACAGCCAGCCCAGCCAAGUCAGUCCCAGCACCUUGCCUCUUUGCUUGGUGCGCUCAAGCCGCCUGCACCACCUUUUCCUGCCGCGCCCGUGGAAGGCUCACAGCCUGCGGCAUUAUUUUCCUUGUUGAAGCAAAAGCCUGCUGAACAAGCACCUCCUUUGCCACCCAAGACUCAUCAACAAUCGCUUCUCGCGCUAUUAUCACCUACUGGCAACUCUUGACAAGCGAGCUGGGGCACGCUGGGACUGCAUGGGCUGAAUCUUGAUACGUAUGAUGCUAUGAAGGACAAUGGUUGCAAGCAUACCUCGAUAAAGGCUAGGCCUGUCGAUGAAGCGUUCAUAUGCUUGAAGGUAGUGAAGCUUUGUAGGAGUAUUGCCAAUGAUUCUCUGGACUCAAAUCUCAUGCUUGCUGCUGGUCUCUGCGAAUGGUGACCAGACACCACGCACACUCUCGUUGGUACUUUCUACCGGAUGCUUGAACUUCUUAAGCUUGGCGCCACUCGCAUCGCGAAGGAGGUUGAGUUUUGACAAUAUCUCACUCGAUUUGAGGUUUCGUACGCAAAUGACCUUUUCCCUGCCGUUGAUGUACUCUCCUCUUAGUAUCGGGUGCCGGUGUGGCCGCUUCGCAAU